AUGAGAAUCCCUUACAAGCGUACAGCCGUGGCGGCCUCUGCCGCAAGCCAGCUCGGCAGCCGCUUCCCCGUCCACGUGCACAACGCGACAACGUCGUCACAGAUCUUGACGUCCGCCCCCGGCUUCAUCAACCUGUACACGUUUGACGGCAGCAGCUUCACUACAACGCUCAAUGCUAGCGUGCCGGGAAACCCCAGCUGGAUCGAGUACGUGGCUCCUAACAAGGUGUACGCCGUCGACGAGGCGGGCACGGACAUGCGUCUGUUCCACCUGUCGCACGUCGGGGGCGGCGUGGCCAAGCUCUCGGACCCGGUGGCCGUGGGCACGGGCUCCCCGGGCGCCGUGCACCUGGAGUUCAACCCGGACAAGACGCGCAUGGUCAGCGCGGCCUACGGUGCCGGCACCGUGGACAUCUGGGACAUCGAGGACGAGAAGGAGCUCAGGCUGAUCAAGACGAUCGUGUCCACGGGCGAGCUGGGUCCCUUCAAGCCCAACCAGGACCAGGCACACCCUCACCAGACCGUCCUCGACCCGACGGGCCGGUACUUUGUCGUCAACGACCUGGGCACCGACGAGCUCCUUCUCAUCGACUCGGCCGGCGACUCGUGGGACCAUCGCGUCGCCGCCUCCACCCCUCCCGGCUGCGGCCCCCGCCACGGCGCCUUCUACGACUACCACCCCGGCCGGUCGGCCAACUACGUCGUCAACUGCGAGCUGUCCAACGACGUCCUGGUCUACUCGGUCUCCUACGGCGCCGACGCCGACGUCACCUUCACCGAGGUCCAGUCCACCAAGUCGUUUGUCGACGCCGUGCCUGACGGCGCUGCAUCCGCAGAGGUCGUCCUCUCCGCCGACCAGAAGACCGUCUACGUGUCCAACCGCCUCACCGGCGCCGCGGCCGACAACAUUGCCCGCUUUUCCAUCCACAGAAAUGACAGCAUCUCCAUCCAGGAUCAGACCCCCAUCGGCGGCAUCCAGCCUCGCAUGUUCAGCCUCGCCGCCAAGGGCAACUUCCUCUUCGUCGCUAACCAGAAUGGCGCCAACGCCAUCACGGCCUUUUCCGUCAAGAAGGACGGGUCGCUCAGCGAUGAACCUGUUGCCACCAUCCCAAUGCCUGUCUACGGUGGACCCGACGCCGGUCCUACCUGGCUCAAGGAGAUUUAA